GGCUAAUCCAAAAUGGCGGUUCAACACCGCAGGUAUUCCUUGACUGAUUUGAGGUCGAAACCGAACGAAAAAAUACAGCGACGGCGGCGAAGACAAUCCAUAAAGAUCCAGAGAAACAUUGAUGAUGACGUGCUUAUGGCUUCAGCAAUUGGGGACGUGACAUGGCUACAACAAAGCCUGUACGAUACGCGAAAGGCUUAUUCAGUUUCCAAAGAACAUGUAAGUGUUGAUUACAAGUUCUCGAAGGCCUGUUCCUUCUCUGUAUGGCAUUUCCACUAGACUAGCUAGAAAAUUGACUUAAACUGCUUAUCAAUAUAGUAUAUCAUAAAGGAAAGGGAUGGAGACUAGACAGUCGUGUAUGCAUAAAUACGUAUGAAAGUUGCGGGUUCGCCGGCUAAAGUUGCAUUAAGGAACGUCAUUCGUUACAGGAGUCGCGUGUGGUGUGUACCAUUUUAGUUGUUGUAACUUACAAAGAAAGUAUUUUCUGGAAGCGGUAGCGUUUUGUUAAGAAUGUUUACUCAUGCCCCCGGCUUAUGCAUUAGUCACCCGGAUAGUUUCCCGGUCUCCAGUACGGGUCACCAAAUAUCACGGAUAAAAUUUACAAUGUGAGCUUUUCUGUGCUAUAGUUUGGAACUUAGGACAUUUGGUAUGAUUUCUUCUUGACAAAUCCACAACAGUUUUUCAACUUGUCUUUACUCUUCUGAACCAUAGACAUGAUGUCAAAAUGUUCAAAACUCAAGUGGACCCAUGAGUCACAAGCAAGCUGUUUUGUAAAUCGUUGAAUAUUUUGACUUUGUUCCCAUGGUUGUUAAAAGUAUAGACCUUGAAAAAUGUAUGCAAUUUGUUUCCUUCAAUAAGCUUGACAGUUUUGGAUGCCCAUUUCUGUUGAAGUUUCUUAGAAAAUUACACGCAUAAAUUAAGGGAAGGGAAAAACAAUUAUUGUACCACAAUGAGGUCAUUUUCAAGGUCUAUACUAUACCUGCCAACUUUUUCUGAGUCAAAUGCGUGAGAUUUCUGUUAAAAACCUCCUGGUGACUUAUGCAGAUUUCCGACAAUUUUCCGAAAGACUUCCGAAUGUUGCUGAAAAUACCUGAAAAUGUUCCGACAAACUUUGAGCACUUCCGAAGCUUAAAUAAAGGUGACAUUUUUGGUGUGUUGUGAUACAUUUGGGACCUAUUAAGUCAACAUAAUGCACCUUUGUUGGAAAAUUUUUGUGGAAACUGAAUCAAAUUUUCACUAUUAAUCAUGUAUUUCAGAAAUAAUUAUUUAAUUUAUGUUUUUUGAUUCUCUUGUAUUCUAAAAUUAAGGGUCUUGCCCCAGUGCACCUUGCAGCCCAGAAUGGCCAGCUGGAGUGCCUUAAAGUAAUGAUCGAGAAAUAUAAAGUAGAUGUAAAUCAUCAGAGUGCAUCUGGAUGGACACCCCUUCAUCUAGCAAUCAACAAGGUGACAAAAAAGAGGGGACUAAGAUGUGUCCGAUACCUCCUGGAAAAAGGCGCAGAUCCUUCCGUGUAAGCUUUAUGUUGUAUACUCGAAAAUAAGUACCGUAAUAAGUAUGUUGUGAUCCGGGUUGGGGGGGGGGGGUACUCAACAAAAUUUAUGUUUAUAUGGGGAGCAGGGAGGUCCCACCCCGAGAUCCAACCCCUUCCCUUUUAUGAACCAUUUUUCAUGAAAAUUAAAGGUACCCCUUUUGUAAAUCUUUUAUUGACAAAUGGUACCCCUUUCACAUACCUUGUUUAGAACUUUGCAUCCCUUGUAACUGCUGUAAAUGCACUGUCUUUUACAUGGGAAUCAAUCACAAAAAUAAAACAUUUUUUUGACUUUUUAAAGCCAUAAUAUUCAUCUGUUAGCUCUUUUGGGCCCUUUUACAGACCAUGACAGAUUUCCCUACCCUUUUAUACAGCUAUUUCGAGAAAGGUUGUCAGAAAAAGUGCACGUGACAAUCCUGAAAGGCAUUGUGGGUGGUUUUAAGUUCACUGUUCUUUAAAGAAAUUUGAAAGAAUUGGUACAAAAGGCCGUGGAAAUGUGUUUGCUAGUGCUACAGGAAAGCAACAAAAGUAGGUUCGACAUCGUCAGAAACAGUGUAUUGAUCAUAUCCCAUACUACCUUUCGGGAAUGUUGCGUGCACAUUUUUCCAUCAACCUUUCUCGAGAUCUAAUUCUCGAAAUAGCUGUAUACUUCAAAAAGGGGGAAAUCCCUACCCCUUCAUAUGACUGAAGGUAACCCCCUUUCAGGCGGAGCUUCCCUGUAUAGGCUAUCAUGGGGAGUAACCCUCCCCCCCCGGGUUCUGACUAACUCCAUGCAGCACAAAAGGGUGUUACAUUGUACUUUAACAUUCACCUCUCACCUUUUAGCCACAUGGCAUGGUAUGGUAUGGUAACUUUAUUUAUACACGGUAUUUCCCUCAGGUACAUUUACAUGCAAGUAUAGAAAACUAACUACCUAACUAAACUAGAAUCUAAGAUAGAAACUAAAAUAAUAAAGAUGAAAAGAAAACAGCCGCUUUUCAAGGAGGCCAUGUGUAAAAGUCUAAGGUGUUAAAGGUCACUUUAUUGCCUUUGAUGUAUUGUGAAAGGUGAUAGAGACUGUCUUUGCCUUAUGUCAUUAACUAAAAAUGAUACAACUUUGCUUGGGCAUCAGGUGGACCAAAUGUCACCCAGACCAAUUGUCACCUUGAUGAACAUCAUUAGUAUUGCAUCUUUAAAACGCAUUAUGAAGACUUCCGCUAGCAUGUACCUUGCUUCACUUUCUUUACAAUGUACAUGCUCCAGUUCAUAUUUGAUUCACCUUUGAGGCAAAUCAAAGGUUAUUAUAUCAAUGGCAGUUUUUUCAUCUUGUUCAUAAUGGAAGGGGCUCAUAUGGGCCUUUGGAAACUGUAAGAAUAAAGGUAUUUAAAAAACGUUCACUUUAGUAGAAUUAGGUCACUGAAGUUGUAGAAAGUGGAAACUUCUAAUUUAAGGGAACAUCCUUUUACUCUAAACUUACCUGUAACUGAAGAAGGUACAGUUUGUGCCACAAAUUAUUUGCAGUCAAAGUGCAGGUAAAAGAAAUUUUUUGCUUAAUUUUACUAGCCUAGAGAAAAUUUGACUCUUAACUGUAAAGCUACCUCUCCCCAUUUUUGGACAAGGUCUCAAAUUGGCUCCAUCUACAGUAUAUACAGUCAGGGGCACCCAACGUCAACGUUUGGAAAAUAUCGGUUUGGAAGACGAAUUGAGAUCUAGAAUUUUCGGAACGUUUAUUGUAAAAUUUCUUGCUUGCCUGCCUCUCCUAGGAUUUUCAAACAUCUAAAAAAUGGCAUAAUUACCCUUUUUUAACGGAUUUUUACCCUUGAAAGGUCGCCUAGAAUGUUCGGGAGCCUUUUUUCUGGCUGAAAUUUUCGAAAAGGUAAGUUUUGAUCCCUAUAAUUUUCGGAUCACUAGACUUUCAGCUAGGAAAUCCUAAUAGAUGAAAAAUUUUUAGGGGAUAAAAAUAUGCUCAUAUCUACCGUUUAACUACUAAAAUACGUUUAACAAUGCUAUGUUUAAGGUCUCGGUAAAUGAAAAUUUUAGUACAUUGCUCGAUUUUGUUUUUUUUUUAUUUUUGGCGUGAGUGGGUCCUAAAUUUUAUUUUCGCAGAAAAAGAAAAUCAGAAAGUGCUUUUUAACCCUUCUAAAACGAGCCUUUUCUGAGCUAACUAGCCAAGCGUGGACCUCGCGCUAAAUCUUUAGAGCUGAUUUUCUCUCACUCUAUUUUAGACGCAAAAAUCAAAAUUCUCCGACCUCCAGUCGGGACAGGUUUUAAGCUAUCGCUUUGAAACUUUCAGAUAUGAUGGAUAAUGAUAUAGACUCAAAAAGGGUGUGAGGAAUUUUCCGAUUUCCCUUUGUAACUCAUUUUAUGUCAGUUUCUUUUCGUAAAUCGCGCUCGAGAUUCGACUUUUUAGUUUGAAAUGCAAUAAUUCCGCUAAUACGAGACAAAUGCAAAUUUCCUCACACCCUUUUUUAGGUCUUUUAUCUGUCAAUCAGAUGCAAUAAAAAGGAAGUGAAUAUUUAACAACGCGAAAGGGCUGGAACUUCAGCAGUAAACUCGAUACCUCUGAGUUCGAGAGCAAAAAACUUAAGCGCCUUUUAAAAUUCGAUGAAAUAAAAUCUUUUACAAGGUAAUUUUGUCUUUUAGCUUUAAUUUGAUAUAUAACUUGUCUUUGUAGCGAAAAUACUCGCGCGACUAGAUUUUUUUUUCUGUGGGCACCUCGUUUUCCUUUACCGAGACCUUAAGUGGUUUUAAGCUAUAUUCUCGUUGGGUGCCCCUGAUACAGUGUACAUGUAUUGUAGCUGUCUCUUUGUUGUCCCCCUGGAGAGGAUACUCUGUGAUUGACAAGUAUAAAAGAGAUAGGUGCAUGCCAGGAAGGUUCUAGAACCCUGACACCCCAUUUAAAAGAAAAAGAAUUGAAAGUACAUGUAGCACUUUUUAAAGGCCCAGGGUAAAAUCGAUUUUCUAAAGAACAAAGUUUGCUCGAGAUAGAUCUGUGCAUGCUUAUUCAUAAACGAAAAGAAUUCUACUAACUGUAAACGUAGUUUAACCGUUUUGCACAAAGUAGUAUUAAUACAGUGUAACAUGGUAGUUUUUGUUGAGGGGUUUAAAGUAGAGUACAUGUAGGUCCUGUACCUUUACGAACCUUAUUAAAGGACUACAACACCCUUUUUAUGGAGCACGCUGAUUGUGCUCCACUUACCCAAUAAUUCAAAUAAUCGAGUUUGCCCCAUCUCUCACCCCAAGGAUUGUUUGUUUUUCUAGCCUGCGGUGGCAGACGUUCAAAGAGGGGAGGGGAAUUCAGGUUUGUGAGAAGGCGGGGAAAAACCACUCGUCGCGCACCCUCGCGCUCCUCGCGCACCCUUCGCACUCUUCGCGCGCCCAUCGCGCGCUGAAAUUUUCCUCCCGCUUCCUCUUUUAAAGCCUGUCUCGCAGGCUAUUUUUGUCAAGAAGUUAAUACUCUUGCUUAUUUAUAGGCCAACACAUGCAAGGAUAACUCCGGUUCACCAAGCGGCAAGCGAGGGGCACGUAAAAUGUCUCCAAGAACUCAUUAAAAGCGGUGCCGCGAUCGACACAGUGGACGGUAAUGGACACACGCCCCUGUCAAUAGCGCGUGUGUGGGGACACAGAGAGUGUGCGCGGAUAUUAGCCAAUCAACAGUGGUACUUAGACAAACAGAAGGAACUGACUGAAAGACUCCAGAAAGAGCAGGAAAGUAAGCAACUCGAGCAAGAAAUACACAAACUUAGCCUCAUCAGAAUGGCUGAAGGAAAACACGAAAGUCAGCUGGCUUUUAAGCGGUGGAUGGCAGAGAAACAUUUCCCUGAUAUACCCACAAUGUACGGACCCGUCCCCUCUGAGGAAAGAGAAGCGGCUAAAGAAAUACGCGCUUCGCAGUCGCUUCGCCCCACCCCUACCCCUGUAGUAGCCGAGUCGUCUUUUGUGGUUCGUUCAAACACAGAGUAUGAGUCUUUUGAUGGGGUACCUGCAUUUGCUUCACGGAGAUCAACUGAGUACUACGAUCAUGACUCUGAUAAAAAGCUCGAGUUGAUUCCUCUAGAGAGAAUAUCUGCUUCUAAGAGACGAAAAGGGCAAAGGACAGAAGGCUUACGGCCAAAUAGAUCUCGAAUUAAGAAAAAUCCCUCGCCUAUUUCUAGAUAA